UCUUUUAACUAUUUUUCCAUCUUCACUUGUGCUCCUUACUCAAAACCCCCAACUCAUAAGAGUGAGAGUCACACACACACACUCACACAACCAAGUGAGUCAGUGAGAGAGAGAAGGAGGAGCUGCCUGUUUCAUUCAUUGAUGGGGAACUACAAGUUCAGAUUUUCAGACAUGAUCCCAAAUGCCUGGUUUUACAAACUCAAAGACAUGAGAAGUAGCAGAACCAAAAACCAUAACACCUCUCACCACCACCAUCACUCCACCAAGCAACAAAAACCAACCUCAAAUAAAUUUCCACCACCCCAAAAAUCCCACAUUUCUCAAACAAGAAGAUACUCCUACUACUUGUCCACGCAACCCAACAGAGAAAACAGGUAUUAUAAUUCCCCUAUCCACCCCAAAGCCUCAGACACACAUUUUCCUGAAAACCCCAGAAGACUAUCCACCAGAACAUCCAAAAGAAAAGCAGUUUACAAGCCUUCUCCUAACAAAUCUGUCUCAAAAUCCUCAUCAAAUUGCAACUGUCAUGCUGCGGUUAAUUCGGUUUGGACUGAUGAUGAGAGCCAAAGAACUAUUCAGUCUCCAGAUUACUUUGGCUCUUCUAGUGAGAGUUCUAGUGAGCCUGACUUUCAUGAAUUCAUCCCAUCAGAAUUUGAAUGUGACCCGAAAUUUGCUAACAUGAAAAAUGAAGGCUGUACAAGAAAAAUCCAUGAUCAGAAGCUUGAUGGGUUUGAUUUUGAUAUGAUCUCAGAGGUAGAGCUUCCUCCAAUUUUGACAAAGCCAGUGAAAUUUGAUGAGGGAGCCAAGCUCAAGAGAAGUUCCUCAAAAGUGAAGGAAAUACAAGGACAAAGGUCUCUCACUGUCAAAAUUGUCAAGGAGGAAAGCAUUAGGACUCAAAAGGGUAACCAAAGGAAGGUUACCCCAAAUUCGGUUCGAAAGGCUUCUCUCAGUUCAACAGGCAUAAGAAUUAGAGGCAACUCUCCAAGACUUCGAAGCAAGAAGAAAACUCAGCCACGUGGUAGAAAGAGUGUGUCAUCAUCACCAUCGUCGUGCUUGAAGUCGAAGAACAGGCUCCUUUCGGAGAGUUUUGCAGUUGUCAAGACCUCAGUUGAUCCACAGAGAGACUUCAGGGAGUCAAUGAUGGAGAUGAUUGUGGAGAACAACAUCAGGGCAGCUAAGGAUUUGGAAGACCUGCUUGCUUGCUAUCUCUCACUCAACUCAAAUGAAUAUCAUGAUCUCAUUGUCAAGGCCUUUGAGCAAAUCUGGUUUGACAUGGCUCACAUCAAAAUGUAACUUUUUUUUUUUACUUUCUUAGAUUAAUUGUUAAAUGCCAAUGCAUGUAUAUAAUCUUAAGAUGACUACUUUCUGA